AUGUCCAACAGCUCUGAGCCGUGGACAGGAGUGCCUCUGUCUGUGGACUUCUCUCGUCCAGAACACUACCUCCUCUUCCUCUUCCAGCUCCUGUUCGCCUCCUGCACCGUCCUUGUGGCCGGGAGCGUCGCCGUCAGUAUCCUGGCCACAAGAGCGCUGCGCCUUCAGAACCGCUUCCUCUUUAUGCUCAACACCAGUGUGUGCGACACGCUGGUCGGCCUGUCCGUCUUCUACGUCGGGCUUUUCGACGUCUACGAAGGUUACCCGUCGAGAAAUGGCACUUUCUACAUCCUGAACUCGCUCAUGGGCAUUAACAUUCUCACGUUUAUGUUCGCACAGUUCGACCGGUUUAACUCCUUGUGCACUCCGUCGCUCUACGUCUGGGGAAGUCCGGCUCUGAGGCAGGUCCUGGUGCACGCGGUGUGGGGGCGGGUGUGUCUCAGAUGCAACAGGAGGAUUGUUGUGAAGAUGGAGACAGUUCAACACUAA